CACACACACACACACACACACACACACACACACUUGUCUUCCCAAGCCGUAGUAGACCGACGCCGCGCUUUAUUUGGUUGCCAACAGGCGGCCCACUUUAAACGCGCGAGGUUCCUCUCAUCUCCAGGACAACCAGUAAACGCUCGCGGAAUUUAGCACGCGCACUGGCUCACUGGUCCUGUUCUACUCUCCUCUACUCUCCUCUACUCUACUCUACUCUGCCCUGAGAGAGGAGCUUCAUCCUUCCUGAAGGGCUCACACAGGCUACUUCCACUCAGAAGACACACUAGGACUUCUUGUUCCUGCUUCCGUUCCCGCGACGUCACGAGUUGAAAACACCGGAGCCGUGUCGUGACGUGACGUGACGUGACGCGCAGAGGACCAGCUUCAGGCUGCGUGUGCGCUACAUGGAGCAGGAGAGAGUCAAAUCUAACUUCUGCGAUGAGACAGCUUGAUCCGAGUUACAGGAGCUCGCACUGAUCAGAGAUGUCCACCUCAGCUUCUCUAAACGUCUCUUCUCUUUCCCCGACUACUUCCCCGACUAUUUCCCCAACGGAUCAGCUCACAGCCAUUAUGAUUGCAUUAUCUUGUCUGGUGCUUUUUGUCCUGAUUGUUCUGCUGGGGUCUCUCAUCUACCGUAAGGACCCUUUCUGCUGUAAAUCCCGGGCUUAUCAAGACUCACAUGCUGACUUGGAGCCUUCCUCUCAACACUACAGCAGCCGGCAGACUUUGGUGGGCUCACCUUGCACUGAUUUACCCCAAAACUUUGAAAGCCUUGAUAACAUCAACCCACAGUCAGGGCAGCUGUUCUACGUGGGCGUGCCCAGCACAUACUGCCUCCCGCCUAUGGACCCGUCCCUGCCUCAUCUGCCCUCCUAUGAGAGCGUGCGCAAGAAGGACAGACAGCGGCAGAUUCACAUGAUGAUUGCAGACCGCUUUGGUCUGAAUGGACCCGUGACAGCAGAGGCUCCGCCCACAUAUGAGGAGAGCGUUCGCCAGUCUCUUCAGUCACUUCAGACCCUAGAUGCCCCAUAUGACACCAUACCACCGUCAGUGAUGCCACAAGUAGUUCUCUCUCAGCCUAUGAAUGCCUUACCUCAAUAUGAGGAACUACGUCACACUGCUACCUCACCGGAUAGUAAUAAUGACCCUCAUCCAAUGGAUUCAGAUUAAUGAAGGGGGAUUAUACUGCUCUAAAGACACUGAUGAACAAUAGAAAAACUAUUGUUGUGUUCAAAUGUUGUGUUCCAUGCAGAAUAUGGCAAUAUUUGUUUAAACUGGUGCAGCUCGAAGGCCAAAGAAGUGAUAAAAAGAAGAAGAAGAAGCCUUUACACAAACACAGUAACCCAAACACAGAGCCACGAGGAAAAGUCCACCAGUAUUCAGGCAAAACCAUUCAAGCACACUAAACAUGUCUGUGUGUUUGAAGCACACCCUACAGACUGGAGCUUUGUUUAUCAGUGACUCCUGACACCUCUUCAUGAAAAACAGGGGAUUUGACUGCAGCCUUUUGGAGAGAUAACAAAAAGUCUGCAGAAACAGACAGACAGAUUACAAAGGACAACCAUGAUUCAGCCUUAAUAAACGUGACUAAACUUUCUCAGGUAACUUUUAGAUGUGAAUCUUUUAGAGAGAGAUGAUAUUUUGAUAUUUUUUCUUUUUCAUUGUUUCUUUGUAUAUUAUCUUUUUAUAUAUUUUAUAUAUAUUCUUACAUUUUUCCUGACCCCUUGUAAUGGUAGUUGUCUUCUAUUUCUUCUUCUUUCUUUUUUUUUAAUUACAACUCCUACUGACUUGGUAGUAUGACAUACACUCCAUGCCAAAAAUGGCAAAUAUUAAGCUUUUAAUGAUCUUAACAACACAUCAUUGGUCAGAAAAUGAGCACCACCAUUUGCUCAUUUACCUUUGCUGCAGUGAACUGUUUAGGGAAAAGCUAGAGUCAGGGAAAUUCACUUAUAUAGUCUUCUUGUACCCAAAGGUAAAAUUAUGAUAACGAGUAAAAUGUUUGAUGUAAAAUUCAAACUAACACAUGUCUAUGUGUACAAAUCCUCUAAAUAUAUUAAAAGAUUAGUCAAAAUUUGGUUAUCUGCCACACCUGAUGCAGCCCAUGUCUUAGUUCAAGAAAUUGGGUAAAUAAAACAAGAUGUGCUGAUCUGUUAUUUUUAUCUCUGCCCACAUUUUACAUGCCAUGACUGAAACCAUGUAAAACUAUUAUUAGGUCUGAGAAUGUUUACUUUCUGAGACUGCGUCGAACACGUUAUAGGGUUUGCAUAGGUUUGGUACAGGAGUAGUGGUAUGCAGAUCCAGAUUUUAAAGCAUUUUCAAAGACAAAUCUCCAUUGGCAUUGCAGUUAAAGAAUAAGCAAACUCCCAGUCUGGGUAAUUGUCAUUUAAUGUAAAUCUAAUCAGUUAAGAAUUAAAAAACAAUCUCUAAAUCAAUCAGUGAAUUAAUGAAUCGAUGACUCAAUCAAGAGAUUAAAUUAGUGUGAAGACCUAGUUGCUCCAGCAUCUGUGAAUUAUUCUCAGAUGACACUAUGAAACCUUAUCCUCUGACUGAAACAGCACUCCUGAACACACUUGUUUUUGCGUUUUUUGGCUCUCUUUGCAUUUAACAAAUUCUGCCUUAUUUGCAAUUCAAUUCAUCUGAAUUUGCUUGGCAGCCAGUGGGUGGAGCGGUACAGCAGACAUGCAACUUUUCUCAUUUGAACACCUUUUUAAGGUGCUGGAUGUGUUAUAGAGGCUUCUUAUUUAAUGAUGGGUGAAGUGCUGUGAUUCCAUGUACAAAUGAUUAAGUUAUUUCCAUUAUUCUGUAUAUAUCACUGAAGUCAACAAUAGCUAAUUGGGUGCAAUAUGGUGUAUUGAAGUGGGUGUAGAAGUAAUAUAUGUUAUAAAAUGUGAAAAAUGUUUCAUUCCUCAUUGCUCCUUCACUUAUUUUUCCUGCCCAGUGGAGCUCUAUAAAUCUCCACAAAGCCUUUCUGGAGGCCGCUCUUUGUAGACCUGAAGCUGCUGAGUCGACGUUUGUUAAACUGCGACUCCUAGCGGGCAUGUGCAGAAACACUGUCCCUUGCCAUAGUGCAUAAAUUCUUGAAUGAGCUUUUGAGAACUUUCUAGAACUAUAAAUGCUCUUAAAGCAUCUAUUGUUCUGUAGUAUCCUUAUGAGAGACAAGCAGCGAAGUGCUAAAAGCAUCUUCCAUUAAAGACAGCACAGCUGCUGUUGGCCCUCGGGGAGAAAGUCACUGCAGUGUCAACGAUGUGUCACUGUGGCCCAAAUAAAGAUGCUGGGAACGUAACAGUUGGGUAAUCUCUUAAACAAUUGUCUUUAGUGUGACUUGACAGUUCAGGUCAUGGAUCAUCUAAGACAUGGCCAAUUAAAAUGAGGAACCAUGGGGAGAGUCUACUCAUCGCUGACAUUCCUCUAUCUCAUUAGUGUCCAGCUUGAGAGGUGUUAAACAUAAAAUAGCGCCUUCAGAUUAAAGUGGCUGUUGGAUAACCUGACAAACAUUUGAAGAAAAGAGCUGCUAAAAGUCUUGAAAGUUCUAACAUUGUUAUCCAUUUUACCAUUGUUUUGACACUUUCUCUGCUUAUCACGCAACAGAUUAGAUAGUAAUUAGAAAAGUCCGCCAUUUUCCAAACAAAACCUCAUUAUCAGUAAUGGAAAGACACAAUUAUAACAUCAUGUGUUCACUACUUCUGUGACCUCGUGUCUGAAAUAUUAGUGUCACAACAGUUUAAAAACAAAUUGAGCAAACAGCAAAAAAAUGAAUAUUCAGAUAUAUUCCAAUUGAUCGGUAGUUAAUGUCAAGCAUGAGGUUGUGUUGUGACAGUGUGGUUCAGUAUUAAAUAAAUCACAUAAUUCUGCUUAUAAGACCUUUAUGAAGGUAAUAAAACACAAUGGGGCAUGCUGUUAUAGGAAAAUAAUUAACAACACAGUGGUUUGAUGAAACAGAGGGCCAUUACCACCAUGGAGCAGAUUAUUUUUCAAUAACAACAUGUCCCAAGGUCUUCACCUACACUUCUACAAUUUUCAUUUCUUUAAUGGAAGGCAUGUAAUAUUUUAACUAAUAAUUAUAGUUACAAUUAAUGUUUUGGAACAUUCAUGAGACAAGAUAGUUCCUGUUAUCACUUAGCAGCUAUUCCCUCACCUGUGUCUUUUUUUCUCUCUUGAAGUUAAUAAGUUAAUAAAAGUUAAUGUGACAGAGAAACCGGAAAGCACAAAGUCCUCUGUCCUCUCCCAUGGCAGUGUUUUAUACACCCAAGGCUCUGUCCAUAAAUGUUAAAUAAAUGUCUCCUCAUAGAAAACUUCCCUAUAUCAACAAUUACAGGUUUUUCUUUUUUAAGCAACAUGUUUUUUGAUCUUUUUAUAAUUAGCCUCCAAAACACAAGUCCCUGUGAAUGAGUUGUUACUAAAGAAAGGAUAAUGUAUUAGAACAAGAACAUUUAUAUCAACCUGUGACUUGAAUUACAGCUGGUGCUACUGUCAGAUCUGCUGUUAUAGAAAUCGUCACUAAUCAGAUUCGAGAAUCAGACGGCAUUGUGGUAUAAAAAUAUCGUGCAUAGCCAAGAUUGCAAUGUAAGGACAGAUAUACGUAUGUUUUCUCUCAUUCUAAAUUCUAAAAUUGUGUGUGUGUGUGUGUGUGAGAGAGAGAGAGAGAGAGAGAGACGUCACUUCAUCACCAUCAUGUGACAGUGCCAGAAUACCAGAUUUACACUGAGCUACAAAGUCAGUUAUGACAUCAAAAUGUAAGUCACAUGUGAGUCAAAUUUACCUCAAAACUGACGAAAGCAGCCUGUUGGAAUAAUCCUCUAUAAAUGUUUAUAUGGGCUUAUAUCAGUUGUAAUAACGGGCUUAUGUAAAUUUAAUGGAUGAAGCAGGGCUGCAAAGUGACAAUGAAAAAAACCCCCAUUAAUAUCUGUUUUUAUCAUUGCUUCCAAAUUCCAGUCCUGUAGCUACACUUUGAAGAAACUGUUGACAAUUGUUAGACUUUAUAUUUAACUACUUACACUCACCAUUCAUUUUAUUAGGAACAUUUGCACACCUAUUCAUUCAUGUAAUUAUUCAAUCAGCCAAUCAU